AUGGUAAGAACACGAGGUUCAUCUUUUAGUUCUCGUGGAGAGAGUUGUAGAGGAGAAAGUUCUCGAGGAGAGAGUUCUAGAAGAGAGAGUUCUGCACAAGCUGAAGGUAGUAGACGAUCUACUCGGAGAAGACGUGCAACUCCAAUUCAGGAUGACCCUAUAGCCGAGGACCGAGCGUUUGAGGAGGCGGAAUAUCAGGCCUAUGAGGGUCUUGUUCACGAGGAGGCAUUUGAGGCUUCUCAUGACGAUAAUGAGGGGGAGGAACAUGUUGAUGUUCCUGACAUACAGGAGGAGGAUGUCGGUGGAUUUCCUGGAGGUCCACGUGAUGCUUCAUUGCUGACACACUAUGUUCAGCAUGUUGCUUAUGGUAUUUCGCAUGGCCGGGAUCGAGGGGAGAUACUCAAGUUGAUUUCCCAUGGUAAAAAAGUUAAUAAGUUAGGACCGUGCACCGAAGGAAUUCAACACAUUGUGUUGAAUUCCUCAUUGAUGCCUCUCACAAAUAUUUCCUAUGAUUACGUUGAUAAGGGCUUGCUGCUCGGUUUCAUAGAGAGAUGGCACUUUGAGACGAGUAGUUUCCAUCUCCCUAUAGGGGAGAUGUCGAUCACUCUUGACAAUGUCUCCACUUUACUUCACCUUCCGGUACUGGACAAUUAUGUGAUUUGGAGGAGUUGGAGUUUGAGGAGGCUCGUACAACCCUUGUAG